AUGCUUCGACUAUUUAGACAACCUGGAGUCCGUGUGGCACAACAACGUAUUCAACUCAGAAGGUUUACCAACCUAUCAGGAGAUCAGGGUGGCUUGUCCGGGCUAGGAGAAAAGCGGGAGGCCUCUCGUAAUGCCGAGUCCGAAGCCAAACAACACUGGGCUCCGAAUAACAAUGAUCGUUUGUGGGAUCAUGUCAAUAAGUUAGAUGACCGUGUCGCUGGCUUGAGCAAGGGCUUGGGGGAUUUUAAAGGCGAUGUCAAUAAAACUCUUGGAGAGCUUGUUAUGAGGAUGGAAGCAGGCUUUGGGAGAAUAGAAACGAAUAUGGCAAAGAGCCACGGGGACCUUAAAGCCGAUAUAAAGCCACUUAUUUGGCAAGUCCGUAGCCUUCUUGGAGGGCGUCACUGGUAUGUGUAA